AUGCCCACUGCCCCGUGGCUGGUCGGCGCCGUGCUCGCCGCCGUAUGCCCGCUGGGCGCCUGCGAGGUCCGCCGCUUCUCCUGGUCGGCGCCCGCGGAGCACCCGCACCUGCGCCGCCUGUCCGCCAGCGGGUCGACCCCGGACACGCUGAACGUCACCGUGGACAUCGUGAAGCUGGACACCUUUGGCGUGGAGGGGGCGAAGAUGGACGUCAGCUUCCUGAGGGAGGACGGCGCUCGCAUGCGCCUCUACUUCCCGGGCACCGAGGGGAAUCAGGGGCGGAACAUGCCGCAUUGGCUUCAGACGAUCCGCGCGGUCACCCUCGUCGGCCACGCGGAGAGCGAUGCGCUGGCCGCGCAGCAGGAGAGGGACGAGCUCGACAACCUCGAGAUGUCCGCUGGCCUCACGCCGCUCGGGGCAGACGGGAUGGAGGUUUUCGACACCCGGGAGCUCUUCGUGGUAGAGGCCGCCCAGGGCGAGGUGGACUCCGAGGAGUUCGAGGCCGACAAUUCGCGCCGCUUGUCCGACGGCCUUGCGCCGACCGUGCUGGACACCGUGGUGGUCCUCAUCUCGCCCUGCGGUGAAGAGCUGGUGCACUCCACCCCGCACGGCGUGCAGAGCGCUGUAUUCAGCAACGGCGCCGGCUCUGUCAACAGCAUCCUCAAAGAUUGUGCUUCUGUCAGCAGCACCAAGGACAUCUCUGUCAUGGGAGACGUCAUCGGACCCAUCGAGAUCUGCCCGUCGAGCAGAGACAUGUGGACAGUCCAUUGGACGUGCAAUGAACACCUGAAGAACGACCCGAGGUGGACCGGCAACUACUAUAAGGCCAUGGUGCUUCCAGACGAUUGGCUCGGCGACGCGGCGGGCCUGGGCGAGAUCAAGGGAGCCAACACGUGGUACCGCGACAGCGUUACUCAGGGCGCCGCGGUGUUCAUCCACGAGUACGGGCACAACAUCGGGCUCCACCACGCCAACGGUAGGUACAUUUGGUCCGAGUAUUUGGACUGGAGCUCCGCGAUGGGUAAUCCCAUGAAUGGCAGGUGCUUCAACUUCCUGCAGCAGUGGCAGCUCGGCUACUCGGCAUUCAUGGACCAGGAGUACAGCGUGGAGCAGAUAUUGGCUGGCAGCGAGGUCACCCUCACCCUGCCCGAGGUGGGAGUGCACUACCAGAGCGGCGUGAGGCUCAACCUGCCGCCGCCAGCGGACGGCACCCUGAGCUUCGGCGACGAGCCCUACCUGGUGCUGUCCUGGCGCAGCCGCGGCGGCUUCGACAAGCACAUCAGCAGCAGCAGCAGCGCGAACAGGGUCUACGUGCACCAGUGGUCCGGCGACCGGGCGCGGAGCAUGCAGACGCUGGCUCUGCACGCGGCCGAGCGCGGCACCACCACGCUCAUCGAGUACACCGAGCCGCAGGAACUGGCAACCUCGCUCCCGACGGGCAUCAAGAUGACGGUGAUGGGAGAAACGUACGUCUGGCAGAACGAGGAGAUCCAAAUCGUGCUGUGCGCGGCCACCGACACCGACAUCGCAGGCAACCUGAACCCCUGCCUCAGCGCCACUACCACGACCACCCCCCCCCCGCCGCCUCCGCCCCCGCCGCCGCCCAGUACGUGGAGCGCGUCUUUCUCGAACGAAGCGACAUCACAGCAGGUCUCGUGCAGUGGCGUGCUUGUAGGCAUGGAUUGCAGUGGGGAGUAUUGUGGGACCCAGAGGUACAAGUGUAGGUCGGACAUCACGACCUCAGAUGCUGGCGCUAGCACCAUCAUGGUAGAGACGGACACUGGCAACGCAUUCUGCCCUGCUGGCCAGGUUGCGACCCGGGUCACGUGCGUCGGGGACAGCUGCCGUAAGUUCAUGCUUCAUUGCAACGCCCCGACGAACGCCGAGAUUUGGGACUGUGGAUGGACAGGUGGUGGUGCGGGUUGGUUCCCGCCUGCGUUGCACGAGCAUGGAGAGGGUAUUUGCGACGAGGGGCGUGGAGUGAUCAUCGGCAUCUACUGUGGCGCUGCGCAGUGUGGCCGCAAGAUGUUCCUCUGCGCCGACUGGAAGCAUGAGCCGCCAGCACCGACGACGGAGCCGACUGCCACGCCUGAUCCGACUCCGACUGCGACGCCAGCGCCGACGACGGAGCCGAUUGCGACGCCUGAUCCGACGCCGACUGCGACGCCAGCGCCGACGACGGAGCCGACUGCGACGCCUGAUCCGGCUCCGACUGCGACACCAGCGCCGACGACGGAGCCGACUGCGACGCCUUAUCCGACUCCGACUGCGACGCCAGCGCCGACGACGGAGCCGACUGCGACGCCUGAUCCGGCUUCGACUGCGACGCCAGCGCCGACGACGGAGCCGACGGCGACGCCCAAUCCGACUCCGACAUGCAUCCCAGUCUGCGUGUCGCAGGGGCUCGUGUGCGGAGACGACGGCUGCGGUGGCUCGUGCGGCCAGUGCUCGUCGCCAGAGUACUGCGUCAACAGCACUGGUCAGUGCGGCGGGGCGUAUCUGCAAUCCGCGUGGGGCAGCUCGGAGGCCGCGAUCCCAGACGGAAACCUCACUGCCACGGGCCUGUCAUGCAAGGGCGACUACUGCACUUCAGUCAAGCUCACCCUCCUUGGCAUCGUCACGGACGCGACCACUGUGGAGUACUCGGCGUGGUUGUCGGACAACUUGGGCGCGAAGUACGUGUGGAACGAGGGCGAGGAGGCUGGAGGGCAUGUGGCCGAUUGCCCCGAGGACAAGGUGGUGUCGAACAUCGAGUGCCAGGGCAAGUAUUGCGACAACAUCCGCAUGCACUGUGCGACGCCUCUACAAUACGUUGUUGACGUGGCGGCCGUACCCUGGCACUCCGACUGGUUCAGCGAGGAGGAGGGUCGCAUGGACUGCCCAGAGGACUACGCCAUCACUGGCAUCGAGUGCAGGCAGCACGAGGGCUUCUUCUGCCUGACGAACUGCGGCGACUACUGCGACGACAAGCGCAUCAGGUGCAGCGCGAUCAAGCCCGCGGCGGUGGGCAGGGCAGCGAUCGGCAUCCUGCCGUACUCUCAGCUGGCCGAGCGCAUCCAGGACGGCAGCCUCGAGCAGGGCGAGAAGCUGACCGCGCCCAGCCACGAUGCCGUGGUCUCUGCUACACCAGGGCGCGGGCUGGGCGCGGCCAUGGUGGCCCUCGUGGCCCUCCUGGCCGCUGGAGCGGGAGCGCUGUGA